CAGUCGACCUCCGUCUGUGUUUACACAAGGUUUUGCCGUUCUCAUGCAGACGGUGUCCCAUUACCUCGGAUGGAGGAGAGCUGCACGCGCCGGCAGGUCCAGAAGCUCCUGAGCUGCAGGUGGAGGUGGAUCUCUGACCGGCUUUGAGAUGCUCUUCACAGCGGAGCAGGUGGUGUGUGUGUGCGAGGUCCUCCUUCAGAGCGGCGACCUGGACCGACUGUCGGCUUUCCUCCGCAGCCUCCCUCCCGCCUCCUGCUCCGGGGAGAGGGAGAGUUUGCUGAAGGCCAAAGCUGCAGUGGCCUUUCACCACAGGCACUUCUCCGAGCUCUACGCGCUGCUGGAGGGCUUCCACUUCUCCGCACGCAGCCACCCGCUCAUGCAGCAGCUCUGGCUCCGAGCCCACUACAUGGAGGCUGAAGGACAGAGAGGGCGCCCCCUGGGGGCCGUGGGGAAGUAUCGCGUCCGGAGAAAGUUCCCACUUCCACACACCAUCUGGGAUGGAGAGGAGACCAGCUACUGCUUUAAGGAGAAGUCCCGCAGCAUUCUCCGUGACUGGUACCGCCGCCAACCCUAUCCCUCCUUGUGGGAGAAGCGGGAGCUCUCCGCUGCCACAGGCUUGACCACCACCCAGGUCAGCAACUGGUUUAAGAACCGUCGGCAGAGGGACAGAGCCGCGGACCAAUACGGGAGGAUUGCCAUGACCUUCACUUUCAACAGCGCCCCCUAG